AUGAGCCCUCUCCCAGUUCCGGAGGAUAUUGCCCUCCAAAUUGCUUCGUUCCUGCAGGUGCCGGACCUUUGUUCGUUGGCCAGUUGUUCCCGGUUAUGGAGGGAGCUGUGUGGGUCGGAUUGCAUAUGGGAGUCUCUGGUACGAGACAGAUGGCCUUCUCUUGAAUUGUCCGAUGGGUCUUCUUCUUCCUCUGCAAUCAAAAAACCCAUGUCCAUGGGAUGGAGGUGCUUUUACAUGGAGUUGCACAAUGAGAAGGCGGCUCGUGCUACGUUGGUGGUUCAGUUUGUGGAAACAUGCUCAUCAUCUGUAUCCCUUGAGGUUGGAGAGUAUCAGAAGGCAAUGCACGAUUUGCACGCAAUGCAAUUUGGAUAUCAGGAUGUACAAAUGUUUCUUUUCAAACCAGAGCUUACUGUGCUGGUUAACCUACUUGGUUUGCACUACUGCAUGAAUUGGCUUAGAGUGCCGGCCAACUGUGUCCUGAAAGCACUCGAGAGUAGGAAGAUAUCUGAGCGGCAAGUUUGUGUUAAAUGGUGGAAGCUUGGGAGAUGGUCCCACGGCUUCAGAAUGCGAGAUGAAUUACUUUCUCGUCGGUUCACUCUGAUAGAUGUUGGUUUGGCCAAACAAGAGGAGGUUCUUGCGGUGCUUUAUCGAGGUGCCAUUCAUGAGGUCUUGCGAGUUCAGAUCUGUGUUGCUGAUCCCUCAAGCCCAUCUUGGUCGUGCCAAAGCGCACACAGAAGGGGUUAG